AUGAAACGAUCAAUUUCUCACCAACAAAAAUACAUUAAUAACAAUCAUUUGGUUUAUGAUAAAGAAUCUAAAUCGUAUAAAUCUCAUGAAAAUGAUUAUUAUUUACAAACAGACAAAAGAAAUGAGUUUAUUAAAAAUGACCGACGUUCAAUUGAUGCUAUUAAUUUACCAUCAGGAAGUUACUUAAGAAAAGAUUAUGCAUGUGAAACGUUAAAUAAACAAUAUACUAAUUCAGUAAAUCAAUUCGAUUCAGAUAAUUCAAACACAUGUUCGAGUUUGAAAAAAAAUCAAAAAACACAAAAAAAUUUAAUAUCGCCGAUCACGUCGAGCGUGACGUCUUCGCUAAGGAAAACUUUCGUGUCGGAAAUAAAAAAAACAUUUCCAACAUUUAAUAAUUCUCACAAAGAUUUGAACGAUAUUAAAAAAAAUAAUAGUAAUAAUAAUAAUAAUAAUUAUAAUUAUAAAUCCGGUAAAAGCGUAUCGAAAAAGGAAAGCGUCAUGUUAGAAGAAAAUGAUAAUCCGUGCUUUCAUCAUUUUCAAAAUCACAGGCAUCACGUGUCGGAUCACGAUACGAAAAAAAAUAGUUACGUUAUUAAAAAAACAUCCAAUGACAACGAAAAAUAUAGGAUAAUUUCAUCUGUCGAACAUAACGGCGACAACGACGACGACGCCGACGCCGACGACGACUACGACGAAAAUGACGACAGCAUAAGAGAAAAUAAUUACAAACCGAUAAAAACGCCUUUACGCGAAAGUUUCACGAAGUUUUUCGCCAAAAAAAAAGAUUCACGAUUUGUAAAAGAACAACAACACCAACAACAACAGCAGCAGCAACAAUGUAAAAAAAAAAGCGAAAGUUUCGGUAGCGGUAAUUACAAUAAUAAUAAUAAUAAUAAUUCGCAUAAAAACAGAAAUUACAAUGACGAAGGUUGUGUUAAAACGUCGUUGGAAAGCGAAAAAGAAAUAGCCGUUCAUUCUAUGUUUCCGCCGCCGCCACUGUCACCGCCGCAGUUUCAGCAGCCCCAGCUACCCCCGCAGCUGCCCCCGCAGCUGCCGCCGAUGCAGCAGCAGCAACAGCAACAGCAGCUGCAUACACUGCCGAUUUCGGCGACUUUUCAAAAAUUGCAAAAUAAUGAAAACGCAUCGGAUAAUUUAAUGAACGGAAUAAAUAGGAAAACGAAAGAGAAAUUAAUGUACGUCGUGGAAGAAGAAGGUGGUAACGAAUCGACGAAAUUAGAAACGGAAUUAUUCACACUCAACGAAAUAUUUGCUAUAAAAAAAGAUUUGAUCGAAUUGAGCGAAUUUGCUAAGAAAUUAAAAAAAUUAAAAGAAAUGAAAAAGGAAAACGACAAAGCCAAUCAGAGUAUAAAAAAUUGUCAUUGUAAACCUUCGGCGGAAUUACUUAAAAAUGUUAACAACAGAAUUAAACUCCUCGAAGCGAGGCAAAACGAAUUAGAAAAAGAAAAGAAAAAAACAAUAACGAACAAUUUGGAUCCGAGAAAAUUUAAAUCUAAAACGGAAAAAACUCAAGAAAACGUAUCAAAUUGGUUGAAAAACGUUUCUCUCCAACCUAAUGAAUUUGAAAAUGAAAUCGGAGUGUUUAUGGCAGCCGAAAUACACGAGAACAACAUGAGGGAAAAUCAAGAAAAUGAAGAAAAUGAAAAUGGGGAAAAUGAUGAUGAUGAUAAUAAUAAUAAUAACAAAAACAACAAUGCGGAAGUGCAAAAAGGAAAAAUGAUGGAAAAAAUUUCUUAUAAGGAUGACGAAAAUCAAACGAAAAAAGAAAAACCGAAAAAAUCAUCGAAAUCAUUUUUUACAGAAAUGGAUCCGAGAGAAUUCAAAGAAAUCGUGGGUUGUAAAAAUUAUUACGUAACAAAUUCCGGACGAUUCCUUAUCGAUAAUAAAUCGAAUCCCAUGAAUUAUGUAGGAGAUUCCUCGACAGUGACAUCGAGUUAUUCUCCGCGUGAUAAUUUUGUCACGAGCACUCUCAUGAACCUUCUCAAUCGCAGUGCGUCGAGUUAUUCCGUUCCUUCUGCUUUCGUAAAUAAAGAUUGUUUGAAAAAAUUAUAUAAAAAUCAAAAUUCUAAACCGAGUAAGCACCACAACAACACGUCCGACAUGACUCUAUCGAGAUCGAUAAGCAUGCAAGAAUUAAGAACGUGGUUAAAAAAUGGUAAAAAUAUAAGAGGAAUUAAAAAUAAUAAAAUGUUUGUUAAUCGUGAUGAUGUGGACGCUUCGACGAGAAUGACCGAUUCGAAAGCAAAAAAAGAAUACAAGAAUAAAAUCGUUAAAAAAGAACUCGAAGAUGAAGAGGAAGAAAACGAUUGUGAAAAAUUUACCAAUCGCACGGAAAAUUACAUGACGCCAUCUUGCACGUCGUAUUUCUUACACGAGGUCAAUUUAGAAUCCGAAGAAUGCGAAUCCGAUGACGAUGUUGAUAACGGUUAUGAUAAAUUUAAUAAAUUGAAAAAAGCUCAAAUUUAUUCGUUGCUCACGACUGAUUUACUUGAAGCUCCGCAGAAAGAACCUACCCCGUCUAAGGAAAAGGAAAAGGGAAAGGAAAAGGAAAAGGGAAAGGAAAAGGAAAAGAAAAAGAAAAAACCUGCAAAAGUGAAAAGAGAAAAUAAUUCUCAACUUCAAAAAGAAAAUUCUAGACUUGUAAGAGAAAAUUCUAGGCUUUUAAAAGAAAAUACUAAAUGUAAAAAUGAAAGGAAAUCGUUUGAGACGGCGAACCAAAAUCGUCCUCCUCAAAAUGAACCUUGUUAUAAGCCAAAAAAAGAAGUCAAAAAAAAAAAAGAAAAAAACAGAAAAAACGAACAGAAAAAUUCAAAUUCCGAAUUAAAACUGGAGGCAAAGAGAAGGAAAGAAGAAUAUAAACUCGAACAAAAGAAAAGAAAAGAAGAAAGGAGAAGAUUAAAAGAGGAUAAAAUAUUACGGCAAAAAAUUGAAAAAAUAUUUCAAAAAAAUAAUAAAAGAGUUUCAACGGAAUAUUGUUACGAUGACCGUGACAAAAGAUACGGCGGAGACGAUGAUUAUCAUUUCAAAUUGAUAAGAAAAAGAAAUUGUUGUUGUUGUCCGAAACCGGAACCGGAGGAGAGAUGCUACCAGGAGAAAAUACAAUUACCCGAACCCCCAUGCGUAAUGCCUACGUCAUCCGAACCUGAAGACGAAGAUGAUUGUGAACCAAUUUUCAUAACAGCUGAAUGCAUAUCCGAAUCGGAAAGCGAUAAUGAAGACGACGAAUACAAUUCGGAUGAGGAUGACGAUGAUUGUCCAACUCAAAACUCCGAAUAUUCAAAUCCUUAUGAAGAUUCAAAAUAUGAAUGCAUGCAACACAAUCGUGAAAAUGAUAACACACCGGAAAAUUUCUCGUCGGGUAAUCCGUGUUUCGCUCAAGCGGAAAUUUACGCUCAACGCGGAUCGUCGUACAUGCCUCCUGUGGAAAAACCCAAAGACGUUUGCGGCAUAACGAGUUUUUUUAAAGGCAUAAAAAAUUUAUAUCCGAGAUGUAGUUAUUUAAGAUUUUUUAAAGGUUUAAAAUAUUGCGAAAAAGACAGUGAUAAAAACACGCAACUCGACUGUAAAUAUGACUCGCCAAAAAAAGAUGGUUGCCCCUUCUACGGAAAUGAAUACAAAUCAAAUCCUUUUUACAGGGGAAGUAGCGGGUACCCGUAUCAUUCGAAAAAUAACAGUUACCAAUAUUAUUAUAAAAACGAUGGCAAUCAAUGUUGUUCGAAAAAUGAAAGUUGUCGGUCGCAUCGAGAAAAUCAACCUUGCUGUAAAAAAAAUUAUGCUCAGUCACCUUGCUCCCCUCGUAAAUCGAGUUAUCCAGUCGGGUGUAAUUGUUACAAAGUUUACACUCAACUGCAGGUUCCUCUAAGUAUGAAACCAAAAUCUGAUGAUUCGUUAGGUAACGAAAGUUCCGAAUCGUCGGAAACGGAAAGUCAAAAAAAAAUAAAAUCUUACAACGGAUACAUAAGCCGUAAAGUGAGACCCGACCAGGAAUUCAUUUUCCCAUAUAAAACCUCGCAAAUUUAUUACACCGAAGAACAAAAGAAAAAAGUUAAAUGCGUCUGUGAAAUUUGCGGGAACGUUCAUACUAGUGAUUCGAAUGUCCACGAAGAAGGAGAAGAAUAUCCUUGCAGAAAGAAAUGGAAAACUUGCGAAAAGCAAUCACAUGAUAAUACAAAAUCUAAAAAGAGUUGCUAUUGCGAAAAAUUGGAAUGCUUCCUUAAAACAAAAGACGAAGCAGACAUGCCGUCACCCCUAGCGUCUUACAUAAGAAAUUGCAGCGGAAGUAAAAAAGAAAAAUAUCAUGCGCCGAAAAUGCCAUUCCUUCGUAAAUUGGACGAAUUAAGGUAUUUGACAGUGUGCAAAGGUUCCAAAGGAAAAGAUUGCGAAAAAAAAAACGAAAAAAAAAUUGAAAAAAAAACUGAAAAAAAAAAAGAAAAAAAAGUUGAAAAAAAAACUGAAAAAAAAAAAGAAAAAAAAAAAACUACCGUUAAAAACAAAGCUUGCUUUUGCGAUGACAAAUGGGAAGAAAUCGAAGAAAGAUUGGGGUAUUUGGAAAGUGGAAAAAUCAAAAAAAAGAAAAUCGAAUCGACAACGGCAGACGAAUCCGAAGGAGUCUUGGAUAAAAAAAAAGAAACGAAAGAAAGUGAGGGUAAAUGUCCUGAUGGUACCACGACGUGCCACUAUUGCACGUGCGAAACCAAUCUGAUAAUGAAUAAAGAUAAAAAAUUAGAAGAGACGGAAUCUCUUGCGACGUCGACAUCGCAAACACAUACGUCGACGUCGACGUGUUCAGUGCAAUUUUCAAAAUUGGAAAAAAUAUGGAAAAAACAAUGCGAACCUCUGAGAAACAAAUCCGCGUCAAAAAAAACGGCCGCCGACGAUAAAAUAGAUGAUAAAAUAGACGAUAAAAUAGACGAUAAAAUCAAGAGGAAAAUAUCUUCUUUGCAAAAUUUUUGGAAAUACAUACAAGAAAUGAAAAACAGUCGAAGGGAAAAAUGGAAAAAAAAUUACGAGGACAACGAACUUUUGGACGAUUGUAGCAAAAGCAGUUCGGUCCCCAGAUCGAGAGAGAUAAACAGUUACAACGAGGAACCGACACCUUUUUUUAAUAAAAAGAAAUCGAAGAAAGGAAAACACUACGAAAAAAAAUACAGGAAAAAAAGAAAAGGAGCCACGAAAUAA